AUGGCCGCCGAAGCACAAUCCGCUCUACAAAUGAACCGCAUCGAUACGAUGCACAACAUGUCCACUCGCUUGACCGACGCCAUUCUCGCUACUCAAGGUGUAGCCGCUAUUGACGCUGAAUUCGCUUUCCUCAACGAUUUGUGGACUCGCUUCAACACUACGCAUGAAAGGAUUUAUGAUAAUAUCCUAGAUAUCGUAGAAAAUGAAUACCAUACAGGUAACGCUUUUGGUAACGCUAGUCAAGUGUACACUGAACUUCUGGUGAGACUCAGCGCUGCGAAACCCGCUCCAGUGCCUGUUCCAGAAGCUCAGGCCAUUAAUCAUGAUCAAACUGCAUAUUUCGGAGGUGCACACAAGUCAACUUUGCCGCAGAUAAAAUUGCCAACCUUCCAAGGCAAUUACGAUGAAUGGGAUUCGUUCAAGAACCUGUUCACUUCGCUUGUUAUUAAUGAAGAUACGCUAACUGGGUCACAAAAAAUGCAUUAUCAAAAAUCCCAGGUUAAAGGUGAGGCCGCUUCCUUACUCGCUAAUGUAAAGGUUACUGAUGACGCUUUCCAAUCUGCUUAG